AUGAGCGCAAAGUUUCUGACCGUUUCCACACUCGAGGUGGACGGGAAGCAGACAGUCGGGGCAUUUACGCCAGUAAUUCCAAUGAAAAGAGUCUUCCAAUGGAUUGGUGUCGUGCUCGAGAGGAUUUUAUCAUUAUUCCAGGAAUUAUCAUUAUUCCAGGGCAUUUUCCAGGAUAUCUACGUGUUUUCGUGUCCUCUCUUCCUUAUUCUUACUCUUCAUCGCCAAAAUUUAUCAGUAAUUCCGGAAUCGAAUUCAUGGCAAAUAUCGGAACAAAACGAUCUAACUAAAAAAAAUCAUGUUUUGAUCUGGUUUAAUCCUCCACCGGUCAUCAUGAUCCGUUUCUCUUUUCAUUUGGUCAUCAGAGUCAUCAUAAUCGUCUAUUCAUCUUCUGAAAUGGUUUGUGCUGAAUUCGAGUAUUCUAUCAAUGGAUAUCUCAUUAAAUGCUCAGGAUUUCUUCCUCCUAAUUUUGAUAAUGAAACGACAGAAACGAAAAAGGGGAAGAAGACGAUGAAUAACCAACAAGCUGCUAUCGCAUCUGCCAGAAGUCGAAAACCAUCCAUUAUCCCGAAUGUAUCGGGACAUUCCGACGCCGUUCGAGAUUUUAGUGAUACUGCAAAAUAG